AUGCAGCUGGCCUGCUACUUGCUCGUGCUGACGCUGCUUCCGGGCAAUUGGGCCGUGACACAAUUCACCACCAGACAAGAGUUGUACGACAAGGUGAGAGAGUGGACGAAUGGGAACGCGGCCCAGAGACAAGACAUCGCAGUAAACCAGGGCUAUGGAGUAAUCAGUGAUUGGGAUGUGUCCCAGGUGACUGACAUGCGGGCAGUGUGUCAGGACCUUACGACUUUCGACUUCGACAUCGGCUCAUGGAACACAUCGGCCGUGACAGACAUGCGCUUCAUGUUCCAAAACGCCCAGGCCUUCAACCAGAAGCUGGACUGGGAUACAUCAAAGGUGGAGAACAUGGCGUACAUGUUCGCCGGCGCCAAGGCCUUCAACAAUGGCGCAGCAGCCCCUGCUAUCCAGCCCCUCACGAUGGACACGUCGAAGGUGACGGACAUGGUGCACAUGUUCGAAAACGCCGAAGCCUUCAACCAGCCCCUCGGGUGUCCCGGGGCCUGUUCUAACUGGGACACAUCAAGCGUGACCGCCAUGAGACGCAUGUUCUCGGGCGCCGCAGCCUUUAACCAGCCCCUCGAGUGGGACACGUCGAGUGUGCAGACCAUGAUGUAUAUGUUCGACGGCGCCAAAGAAUUCAACCAGCCCCUUAGCUGGGUCACGACGAAUGUGCAGAUCAUGGAGGGCAUGUUCAAAGAUGCUGAAGCCUUCAACGGGGCCAUCAACUCCUGGGACACCUCGAACGUGCAGAACAUGAUCUUCAUGUUCCAAAACGCCCUUGCCUUCGAUCAGCCUUUGGACUCCUGGGUCACCUCGAAGGUGACCCAGAUGGCGAGGAUGUUCAGCGGAGCUGCGGUUUUCAACCAGCCCCUCAAUCCCUGGGACACAUCGAUUGUGUCUAACAUGCAAGGGAUGUUCGAGAAUGCCGCAAACUUUAGCCAAUGUCUGGCCUCCUGGGACACAUCGGCAGUUACUACAGACAAAAUAGCGAUGUUUGAUGGGAGUGGAUGUCCCGCUGACGCCGCUGUGUUGGAAAACGGCUUGCUUGACUGUGGGUGCCCAACAACAACAACAGCUGGCCGUGACGACUGUGGUGUUUUGCUGGACCACGCAUUGCUCAACAAGAAGGCUAAGCUGGCUUUCAUCAGUUGCCACAAAUAUUCUUUGAUCCAAGGCAACGAAGUUACUGCCACACCGCCCUGGAGGCGCAUAGCCGGAGGGGCCCCUUGGCUACCUUUUGUAUGCCUGGGAGCGGCCUUGGUGGCCGCAGCCGCAGCUGUAAAAGCCUGGCGAAGCCACAGGCCUCGGCUGCCGUAUGAAGCGCUCGAAGAAGAAGCGCUCUAA